GUAUGACACUAAAAUGAGCUGUCUGUUAUAUGGUUGAUUUAAGAAGUUGAAUAAAUAACAACAGGCAUUGGACAAGGGCACAUUCCCGCUUGCUUUUCCGCCACUGUUUAAACGGAACUUCCCAGGACUUGGCCAUGUAAAACUAAAGGAAAAUACAGCCUGGAUAGAUUGUCCCCUAUAUGGUUUCUUAAGCUAGGCCGUAUGUUACUGCUCAUUUGUUAUAGUUAGAGACUUUUAGUCACAAUGUCUCUGCCUCCAGAGAAAGCUAGCGAACUGAAGAAAACCAUUCACGAUCAUCUGAUAAAGAUGGAUGUCCAUGGGAAGAUUCGAGAGGUGCUGUCCGAGACUCUGAAGGAUGGUCUGGGCUAUGGACCGCAUACUUUCUCCGAGGGGGAUUUCCUACAGGCUCUACAGCGCAGGGGGAUCAUAGAUGAUGUCAUGAGAGACCUGCAGUUCAGCCAGAGUAUACAGCAAGACACGGAGAGAAGCAGAGAGAAAGAUUUCCCCAAUAAGUCUGCUCCUCAUGUUGCUGAAAAAAACCGGCUGCCGUUGAAUAGAAUGGACAUUGACGUGGCCCGUCGAUACCUUCAUCUCCAGGUACUUGGUGGCAAGGCCUUUCUGGAUCACCUGCAGGAACCAGAACCACUGCCCGGCCAGGUGUGUUCCACCUUUAGGCUCUACCUGCACUUCCGUAAUCAGAGGUUCCAGUCGAAGCCGGUUCCCUGUGCCUGCGAACCUGACCUGCAAGAGGGUUUCCUGUUGGAGGUCCACAGAGACGGAAUCGGGGAAGGUAGCAGAAUGGCAGAUUGCACCACUAUGCUGUCCAUUUGUGACCCAGUACAUUUGGUUCUGAUAAAGAUGGACACCUCCAAUGAAACCACUCUGGUCUCCUCCUACUUCCUGGAUUGGAGGAGUGUACUCAGUGCUCCCAGUGGGAGGACCUGCUUCAGUGUGGAGCUACUGGGAGUGGGAAGUGAGAGUAAAGUACCAGCCGGUGUUCUGACCAUCAGUCUUGAGCUCUACCCUCCACUGGUGGAGACUCUCAAUGUGGACAUCAUCACCACACAGCAAUCGCUGGAGCGCCAGAGGUCUGCGGAGAAGGAGAGGCUUUUCCUGGUCUAUGCCAAGCAGUGGUGGAGGGAGUUUCUAGAGAUCCGCCCUUCACACCAGUCCAAACUGGUCAAGAUCUUCGCACAGGACGAGAACGGUGUCAACCGGCCGGUGUGCUCCUAUGUGCGCGUGUUGCGGGCGGGCCGGCUGCUGGAGAGCCCCCGCCAGGCGGCGCGCUUCGUCAGUCUUCUGGCAGACGAGAAGGCCCCCCUGGUGGGCGGGGGGGCGAAGCAGGAGCAGUGGUGCUCACUGCUGGCCUUCGUGUGUAGAGGCAAGGGGGACUGUGAGGACCAUGCCACCCUGCUGUGCAGCCUGCUGCUGGGCUUCGGUCUGGAUGCGUACGUGUGUGUGGGCACCAGGGCCAAGGGAGGCCCCCACACCUGGGUCCUGACCCGCGGGACUGACGGAAGCAUCACCUUCUGGGAGAGCCUCACCGCGCACAGAUACCUGCACCAGGCUAUCGACCCAGACGCCCCGCCCCUGGCCCCCCAGCCCAAGCCCUCGUCCCCCUAUCGCACGGUGGGCUGCGUCUUCAACCACCAGAGCUUCCUGGCAAACUGCCAGCCCACGGACGCCGUGCCGCUCUGCGUCUUUGACCUUCAGAACCCAUCGCGGUGGAAGGCGAUGAGCGAGGAGGCCCUGAGGUCGGUGUGUGCUCCGGGUUCCACCACCUCCCUGCCUCCCAUCCCCCCCCUCUGCGCCUCCUCCCUGGAGCCCGCCGCCGCUAGCAACCAGCUGGAGCUGGAGAUGCGCUUCCUGGUGGCGGAGCACCGCAAGGACCUGGAGGUGGCCACGGUGUGGGACGACCACCUCUCCUACCUGCUGUCCUCGGCGCUGGCCGCCUACGAGACGGAGCGCUGCACCGGCGUCUCCUGCGGCAACGAGGAGUUCCAGGACGCGGUGAGGCGGGCGGUGCCCGACGGACACACCUUCAAGGGCUUCCCCAUCCACUUCCUGCACCGCAACGCACGCCGCGCCUUCGCCACCUGCCUCAGGUCCCAGUUCUGUGAGGAGAUAGUGAGUUGCCGUGGCGACCAUGUGAGGCUUGCGGUGCGCGUGCGCGUGUAUGCCUACCCUGAGAACGCCUGCGCGGUCUGGAUCAUGUUCGCUUGUAAAUACCGCUCCGUACUCUAAGCAAUGUGGACUGCGGAAUUCCCUCCCUCUGAUCUGCAGAAACACUGUCUGCAUCUAAAGAGAAUGUUUUUAGGUUAUAUUUAUAUAUUUAUAUUUUUUUAAAUAAAUAGAUCAUUGCAAAACGGA